GGGAGUGAGGUGAAAGAAGAAAGAUUAAAGAAAAAAAAUUAAAAAAUAAUAAAAAUUUAACCUAUAAAACAGGUUGAAGGUAAAAAGGCUUGUUUUGAGAAUAUGGGGUAUAAAGGUAGGAUUAUUUCUGAAAUACGCAAAGGUGAGAUUAUUUUGAGUAGAUGAGUCAAAGGUAGGAUUAUUUAUUUCAAUUUUUCCUUAUUUUUUUCCUUUUGUUUUAAUAGAGUGGGCAUUAAAAUUAUGAAAUGACAAUUUCACCCUCUAUCCACCGAUCAACUCACUCUUAGCUUCUUAAACCCUAAACCUCCUCAUUUCAUUCAUUCCCCUAAACCCCUUAAACCCUAAAUCCUCUCUCUUUCUCCAAAGCUCAACAAUGGCGUUCUCUGCAAUUCUUCGAAGAUCUGCAAACAAGGCGGCUCCUCUAGCUUCUCGUCUCAUCGGAGCUCAGAGGAACUUCCAAUCUUCCGCCGCCGUCGUCUCCGCCGUCAAGCGCGCUUCUCUCUCUCCUCAGUUCCUUCGCUCUGCUGCUUGCUACCCCACACGCCAUUUCUCUUCCAGCGUCGCCACCAAAUCUUCGUCGUCUAACAACAAGCUUCUUGAUGUCCUUCAGAGCGAAAUCAGUGUUGUUGAGGAGUCAGAGGAGCACGAUAAGACUGUAGAGGUUCCCAAAGGCUUCCCUUUUGAAAUUGAGGACAAUGCUGGAGAGCAGACUGUGACCCUAACAAGACAGUAUGAGGGAGAGACCAUUUCAGUCGAAGUAUCCAUGCCCAGCCUUGUAACUGGUGAGGAAGAUGAGGACGAGGACCAAGAUGACGAGGAUGAAAAAGAUGAAACAAGCACCCAGUCCAGUGUUCCGCUUCUUGUAACUGUUACCAAGAAGGAUGGAUCGUCUUUGGAAUUUGAUUGCAUUGCGUAUCCAGAUGAAAUUUCAAUCAACAGUCUCUCGCUUAAAAAUCCUGAUACUGAAGAUCAGCUUGCAUACGAGGGUCCUGAUUUUCUUGAUUUGGAUGAAAAUCUGCAAAAGGCUUUCCACAAAUAUUUGGAGAUCAGGGGUAUCAAGCCAAGCACCACAAACUUUUUGCAUGAGUACAUGAUCGAGAAGGAUAACAAAGAGUAUCUGAGGUGGCUCAAGGACGUGAAGAAUUUUGUUGAGGCAUAGGCUUGGUUACAGGGCUUCUAUGGCAGGAAAUUGACCAGAAACUGUUCCAUAAUCAAGAUUUUGAUGGUAGUUACAAAAUUGUUCUUGCUGCUCAUAGUUGUCAUACGCAUAAUGUAAGAACAAGCUUAUUGAACGUAUAUUUUUGAGACAAUUUGCUCCAUUUCAGCUGUUUAAGCCAAACUUGUAUGGCCUUACUUGUUACUUCCUCAGUCCUUAGUUGCCUUUUUUUGUUCUUAAACCAGUAUUCGAGGCUUUAGGAAGUUUGUGGUGUGUAUAUCCAACAAAUCAACACAAUAAGUGAUUCUUAAAUAUGGUUGCUCUACUGGUUUUGCUACCAUAUGUUGAGUCCUGAAACUCACUUUUAUA